CCAAAUAGGCACACAUGCUCGACUGUAGCCAGUGGGACUCAGCCCACUGCCUAAACAGUCAAUGGUCUAUAGUGAAAACAAAAUAUCAGAGCAAUAAUACACUUUAGCGCGGUUUUUCCGAGAGUGUGCUAUAUUAACGGCAUACGUCGUGCGACCAAAUGUGUAUUUUGGGUCAAAUUUCAGCCACACUCAGCUCCAUUUUAGGUAGACGUUUAAGCAAUGGCCAACAUUUAGUAGCUUUGUAGGAACAACGCAGCCGUUAAAACUGUCAUUUGACGACAGGAUAGUUUAUCUCUUAACGUGAAAUGUACUCCUGCAGAGAUAGCUAGCAGAUGUUUAUAAACUGACAUUUUAACAUGUAGUCUGUGCCAUUAAGGCACUGAAAUGUACAAAAUAUAUAAAAUUAGUGACUUUAUUAAUUAACCUAAAUGUUCGGCCGUGUUUUCACUAUCCAGGUUUAAGGUCAGCCAGCUUCACCCCCCACCACCCCACUCCCUCUCCCAUUCUCUGUCUGCGUCUCUCUCUCCCACUGCCGAUAAGCGCCUGCUGCUGUCUCUUUAUGUUACUGUUCUCAGUGAACGGUGAAACUCCACAGAGUAGCCUGCAGCCUCAGCCACACAAACUCGGCGUUUUUUUUUCCAACUUUACCGCCAGUUGUGAGGGUGUCCGACCGAAUACGUUUUGUUAGCUCUCCAAAUUAGCCGACAGUGAGUCAUACGAGGCAGUCGGUCGGAACUUGAAAUAUGACGAUAAGCAAAAUGGGAGGAAAGUCGUUGCUAGCUAAUUGAAGUUGGAGGUUCUCCUUGUGGAAGAGGAAGAGGUGGCGGCGGACACCACGAGUUCACUCUCACAAUAAAAGGAGUGAACCCAGCCUUCCAGCAUACCUCCUCCCUUUCAUUGGGCUAAGAUGAGUAUUACCAGUGACGAGGUCAACUUCUUGGUCUACAGAUACCUCCAAGAGUCAGGUUUCUCCCACUCAGCAUUCACCUUUGGCAUUGAAAGCCACAUCAGCCAAUCCAACAUCAAUGGAACACUAGUGCCCCCUGCAGCCCUGAUCUCCAUCCUACAGAAAGGGCUUCAGUAUGUGGAGGCAGAAAUCAGCAUCAAUGAGGAUGGUACAGUCUUCGAUGGUCGGCCGAUUGAGUCGCUGUCGCUCAUUGAUGCAGUCAUGCCAGAUGUGGUGCAGACGCGGCAGCAGGCCUUCCGCGACAAGUUAGCCCAGCAGCAGGCGGCCUGUGCCACGGCAGCCUCAUCCUCCGGAAACCAGUCCAAUGCACCAAAGAAUGGAGAAGCCACUGUCAAUGGGGAGGAGAACGGCACACACAACAUGAAUAACCACAGUGAGCCCAUGGAGAUGGAUGUUGAUGUUGAGAUACCAGCCAGUAAAGCCACAGUGCUGCGAGGCCACGAGUCUGAAGUGUUCAUCUGUGCCUGGAACCCUGUCACCGAUCUGCUGGCCUCAGGGUCGGGGGACUCCACCGCCAGGAUCUGGAACCUGAACGAGAAUAAUAACUCCAACUCCACCCAGCUGGUGCUGCGCCACUGUAUCCGAGAAGGUGGCCAGGAUGUCCCCAGCAACAAGGACGUUACCUCACUCGACUGGAAUAGCGAUGGGACUCUCCUGGCAACGGGCUCCUAUGAUGGAUUUGCCAGGAUAUGGACAAAGGAUGGAAAUCUGGCAAGCACCUUGGGGCAGCACAAAGGGCCCAUAUUUGCACUCAAGUGGAACAAGAAGGGGAACUCUAUUCUCAGUGCUGGCGUAGAUAAGACGACAAUCAUUUGGGAUGCACACACAGGAGAAGCCAAGCAGCAGUUCCCCUUUCACUCAGCCCCGGCACUGGAUGUCGACUGGCAGAACAACACCACCUUUGCCUCCUGCAGCACAGACAUGUGCAUCCACGUUUGUCGCCUUGGCAGCGACCGGCCCCUCAAGACCUUCCAGGGUCACACGAAUGAAGUUAAUGCCAUUAAGUGGGAUCCGUCGGGGAUGCUGCUCGCCUCCUGCUCAGACGACAUGACCUUAAAGAUUUGGAGUAUGAAACAGGAAUCCUGUGUCCAUGACCUCCAGGCUCAUAGUAAAGAGAUCUACACUAUCAAGUGGAGCCCCACAGGCCCCGGCACGAGCAACCCCAAUUCCAACAUCAUGCUCGCCAGCGCCUCUUUCGACUCAACCGUGCGACUGUGGGAUGUCGAGCGAGGGGUCUGCAUUCACACUUUGACCAAGCACCAGGAACCUGUCUACAGCGUGGCCUUCAGCCCCGACGGCAAGCACCUGGCCAGCGGCUCCUUCGAUAAGUGUGUCCACAUUUGGAACACCACGACUGGAGCCUUGGUGCACAGCUACAGGGGCACCGGUGGUAUUUUUGAGGUGUGUUGGAACAGCACUGGGGACAAAGUUGGUGCCAGUGCAUCAGACGGCUCGGUGUGUGUUCUUGAUCUCCGAAAAUAGCUGACUUGAGACUUUGAUGAUGAAUCCUGGAAUGUGCAGCAAAUUGCCUUCUUCUGCCAUCAGCAAACAAACUGUCACUGCUCAAAAGAGCUGUAAGGUGGAGUGAAACAAAACCUCUCACAGGAGUGAAACUGCAGCAGCUGCUGAGAAGCCAACACCAACUGACUUCAGUGCACCUUACAGUUUGUUGAUGUGUGUUUUAUGAUACGCUUAUUUGAAACACAAUGGAAUCCGGUUAAGAGAUCCCCAAGACUGGACUGAAUCCAGCGCCCUGGGUUCAGCCAUGUUUUAAAAAGGUUUCUAAUGAGGAAGUGUUGUGAUCCCUCCGGGCCACGGCUCCAGCUGUUAUCGGGUUGAAAGGGUGGAAACACAAAGAUGAGGUUUAUACAAAGAGAAAAGUGUUAAUGAGACACACGUGUUCGGCUGUGAAAAGGCAACAAAUUAUGAACGGAAGGCUGUCGUUUUAGAAUUCCUCUGAGCAAAUGUUACUUGAUGUCCAAAUAAAACUAACUGGGGCAUGUGAUACAAGUAACAUCGAUACUGAGGCACGGGUAUUGUCUGUUGACAGAGUGCUGAACUUCUUCUCAGUGGAGAAUAGUUUGUUUCAAGAGUACUUCUUGCUUUUUUUUGUCUAUUUUCCACAGAUGGACUAUUGAAAGUCAAAAUUGAAUGUGCCGCUACAAGGUUUGCUCUUAGCUCACAUUUAACAACAAAAGGAAAACCUGCCAAGAAACAGUCCUUAACCUCUUAAGAUGACCUGCUCAGUUCACUCAAGAUUAGGAAUUGUCAUUUCGUGGACAAGAUGUGAAAAGUGUGGUUUACAAAGAGAAUUUUCUCCCUUUUUGGAUGUAAAUUUAAGAAUGUAAAGAUAUGUAAAUUAGAUUAAUACACAGACUUAUAUACUGUGUAUAUAUGUUUAUAUACAGUACACUUUAUUGCCAUCCUGUAGGGGCUCAUUAAAGGCUAGAGCCAUCACAUCUUUGCUGAUGAUGCAUGAUGAGACCUCUUUUUAAGUGCAUGUCUCAUCGGUUUCUUUUAAUACAGUCUCUUCAAACCGGGCCGAUCACAUCCCAUGCAUCAAGUUAUUUUGAUUUUCAGCAAGUCACAAAUGGAAUUGACACAGAUGUGUUAAACCGCUUUGCUUUCCACUGCUGAUCCCUGAAAGUCACGGAAGAAACGUGCACCUCAUCUGCCUGCAAUCAGGGAAGUCUGGUCAAAAACACGAGAGGGAACAGUCAUCACAGUCCUUUGCUUGGUUUCCGCUUUAACUGUGUUUUAUGUGUGGAUCAGGACAUCACAGAAGCAUAGCUAAGAGUGUCAUGCAGGAAAACAACUAAAGUUUAAUUAGCAUGGUUUCUCCUUGGCACUUUCCUCUGAGCAGUCUACUGAAAAUUCAGUGCACAUUUUGAUGAGAAGGUGGAAGUCAUGCAAAAAUCCUGCUGCUGCAGCAGCAUGAGUGGGAUUGUUAAGCACCACCAAAUGCUGCCAGCUGAUCAGAUUUGAAAAGCCUGUGUUGUGGGCUGGGCUUCAACAGUGUGCAGUAAGUCUGCCUCCCCCUGCUUAGUGGGAUCUCAUGUAAAAGACAAACUUAAUUCACCACCACUUUGAUUGCCUUCAUUUCUGUUCUUUUUUUCCCCCCUUUCAGUCAACUUCUGUUAGAGCAAUGUGAAGUGCACUUUUGUAAUGGGUUAUUCAGCAAAUGUUCACAUUUUGCUGAAAGUGCAGGGCCAGUGUUUUAUUUUUACCUUUUUUCCAUCUUUUUUUUUUUUUUUAAUGUCACAACUUUACAUUAAAGGUCCACUGUGUAGGAUCUAAGCUGAUCUGUUGGCAUAAAUGGAAUCUAAUGUCUGUAAUUAUAUUUCCACUGUAGUUUCUCUUACACUUGGAAUGGGAAGGGUGAGGUGAGGGGUAUUCAUUUGGUCUGCAACUCCAGUGCUAGAUGCCACUUAAAUCCUGCACACUGGACCUUCAGUUGAUUGGUGAUUCAUUGUUUUCUGACUUUUCAUUUGAUAGCCAUUAUUGUCUGUGUCAGACUGAGAAAUGGUGGCCUUUUCUUUGGCAUGCUAAGGAGCCCACUAUGGAAUAAGUGCUGUGACAGCUACUAUCUCUCUCCCACCCUGGUCCAGGGUGUGGUCACCUGUUUCCAUGACAAAAAAAAAAAAAAAAAGUUGAAGUCAUUCAGUGUCUCAAAUAAAUCGCUCUAUUUUGAUAUCAGAAA